UAUGAAUUAAAAUGGCAGUGAUAAUAAUGACAAUAUCACUAUAUUUAAUAGUAAUAAUAAUGGAUAAGCAUAUCAACAAUAAAAAAGAAAAUAGUUGCCAAGCUUAAAUACACAGAAUUAGAAUUAUGAACCAGGAAUGCACCAUAUUAAUUCAGAUGGAUAAUCUUUACAUCAAAUUAGACUAGGAAGACAUAAAACAUUUGCAGAAAUAAUUGAAAUAUAAAAGUAAUAAGAAUUAAAAAAAUAAAUUGAAUAAGAUGAAAAUCCAAUUCCUUCAAUUUAAAGAUUCAAAUCAAGCUAAGAUAUUUAUUAAAGGGAGAACCAUAAUUCAUCUGCGUUUUAAAUAAAAUCAGAAAUAAGUGAACAUGGAAAUUAAAAGAAAUAAUAAUUAUAAUAAGAUUAACCUUAAUUAUUUUAAAUAAUAGAAAAUAAUUGUUAAUAAUAAUCUUAAUCAUAAUUAUAACCACCUCUAUCAUCUCCAAAUCAUAAUUAAUUGUUUGAGUACCCUUUCCCUCAAAAUCUUGAUAUUUAAUAUGUAAAAGAUUAAAUGGAUAAUCCAGAGAAAAGAAGUUAAUUCUUCAUUACUCCACUAAUAUAAAAUAGAACUCUAUAAUGCUACAUUAAAAUUGAUAAAAGUGGUCUUGCCAGAUUCUAUCCAAUAUAUCAUGUUUAUACAACAGAAGAGGAUAUCUAUUUAUUUAGUGCAAAAAAAGUAGCCAUGAAAACCAAAUCUAAUUACAUAAUAUCUAUGGAUAAGAAAGAAUUUUCAAUUAAUGAUUCAAAUUUCUUAGGUAAAGUUAAAUCUAAUUUUCUUGGAACAGAAUUCAUACUUUGGGAUAAAGGAAAGAAUUUUAAAAAAUGCUAAGAAAAUUCUAAUUAAAUUAGAAAAUAAUUAGGAAUUGUUUAUUAUGAAAAUCGCAUCAUGUAAAGUAAAGGUCCUCGAAAAAUGUUAGUAUUAUUGCCUAAAGUUGAAUAGAAUAUUUCAAAAAUAUUUCAACCUCGUCAAAAUAAUGAGGGAAUAUAAUAUGAUUAUUAAAAUACUUAGAGAGAAUAUAUAGAAGAAUUUAUAAAUAAACCUCCAAGUUGGGAUCCUUAGAUGAAAGAACAUGUCCUUGAUUUUUACGGAAGAGUAGAGAAACCCUCUGUUAAGAAUUUUUAAUUAGUCAAACCAAAUAAUCAUUAAUUUAUUCAUUUAUAAUUUGGAAGUGCAGAAGAUUUAGUGUUCAAUCUAGAUUUCUGUUAUCCUCUAUCCCCUUUACAAGCAUUCUAAAUCUGUAUAACAUCUUUAGAUUUUAAAUUUGCUUGUGAAUGA